UUUACUUCCACCAUUCUGAGAUGCGAAAACCAAGAAAAUGGGUAGAUGGUGUUUGGGAGAUGACAAAAAAGAUGGAAGAAGAGCAGACGCAGAGUGUGAAUCCAAGUGAAGGAGAUGGUGAUAAAAAGGGGAAGGCGAAGGCUGUCGCUUGUAAGAAAAAUGAAGCAGCUGGUCCAUCAGAAGAUGGUGUUGGGAAAAUGGCAAAAGAGAUGGAAGUAAAGCAGGGUAAGAGUGUGAAACCAAGUCAAGACGAUCAUGCAAAAAAGGGGAAGCCACAUGUUGGUAAGAAGAAGAAAGCAAAUGCUCAGCCAGUAGAUUUGCUUCCUUUUCUACAGCGAGAAGAGAAGAGGCCAAUACGACCUAGAAACCCUCCUAUACCUGUAACACCUGAGGUAAUCCUUCCAAUUGAUCCAUUUGUGACACCUGAAUUUCCUCGGUUUUCAAGGCUUGCACACUGGAUGGAUCUACGGGGCAUAUAUCGUGUACCGUUUUAUAUCAAUGGAAAAGAAAUUGAAAAAGAGUUCUUUCAAAAAAUGGACGAUGCAGAAAAAAAUCUCAACAAAGAGCACAUAAAUGUUGCAUUUGAAAUGCUAAAUUGUAAGAGGGUUGAGCAAGGUGCUUGGUUCCGCAACAACAAUCUUCCAGCAGCAUGCUUUGUACCAGUCAAUUUCUUAGAAGUGGUUGGGUACGCUUAUGAAUCUGUCAGGAAGCCACAUAAGAAAAGAAAAAAGUUAUUGGAGGGCUGUGUAGGCGAACUUGUGAAAGGUGUAAUACAUCCAAAGAAGGUAUGGCUGGAAGAUGUUGAUGUUAUAUAUGGUGUCAUUGAAGAUAAGUUGAGCUGUCACUAUAUUGGGGUGGAGAUACAAUUGAUGGACAACACAAUCACACUCUUCCAUUGUGGUCUUCCAAAAGAAAAUAUCAAACGUGCUCUUAAUCAAAUCCAAGAACUGGCAGGUAAAAAUAUUAAUUUUAUCAUUCAGUGUAGAAAAAUCAGUUUAAUUUAUAUUGUUACAUUGAUAAUGGAUAGGAUUGUGAAAGUAUGCGUAUCCUGAAAAAAGAAUUUUAGCUAAUUUAGAAAAUAAAAGUUUGUCACUUGCUGCUUGUGCUUGUGAUGCAUUUUUACAUAUUCAUUUUGUUGUCUGUUGGUGAUUGAUUUAUUGUAUAAUUUUGGGUAUUUAUGACAGUUUGAUUAGUGCCAUAAAGAUGGAACUUCUUGGUGAAGAGGUUAAUUUCGAAGAUAUCAGUCCAUUUGAAGUUAAGUUUGCAGAAGGGCUUCCAAAGACAAAAUUUCCAUACAACUGUGGUAUUUUUGUUGUGAAGAUGCUGGAAUGCAGGUCACUGGGAUUGAAGAGCAUGGCUAAUAUAAAUGAUGAAACUGCGAUGGACUUACGAAGCAAGCUAUGUUGUGAGAUCUUCGACCAGUUUAUGGAUAAAGAUUUCCAGGAAGGUCAAAGGAAGUGAAAA